GAGAGAAGAAGAAAAGAUUUAAAGCACCACGUGUAACGGUGUAAUUAAGGAUAAGCGACAACAACCCACCUAGGCUUCUCCUCCCUCUUCCCCUUACUAAUUAAAUAAAUAAAAAUGAAUAAUAAUAUUAAACUAAAAAAAACCCCAAUUUCCACUCAAAUCCCCUUGGCCCAGCCUAGAGUUUCAUCCAAUCUCUUCUUCUCUCGCUCCUGGCGGUUUUUGGUUUUUCGGAUCCACUUGGUUUUUUCUCGAUUUGCACAAGGUAUUAGUUAAAGAAAGACCUAAGGAGUUCGAAGGACUAGAGUAGGAUUCUAUACUCUUAAAGAUUUGUGAGAGUGAGAAAGAGGAUGAGUGGCCGAAACACUCAUUGGUGCUACAGAUGUAGACGGCCAAUUCGACUGCGAGGGCGAGAUGCCGUUUGCCCCAGCUGUGAUUGUGGAUUUAUUGAAAAACUUGAUGAUAUUGUGCCAGCCAAUCCAGUCGAUUUGUUUGAUCUGGAUAGUGAGGGUGACCGUGAUCGGCGAUUCCAACUAUUGGAUUCUAUCUCAACGUUUAUGAGGCAACGGAUGGUUGACAGAAGCGAUAGACUAGAUCUAGUUCCUGAACAUAACCCAGGGGUUGGUCCUUUGUUAAUCUUUGGUGGACAGAUUCCUUUUAGGUUGUCCGGAAACGGUGGGUUCGAAUCUCUUUUUAGUGGGACUCCUGGCAUUGGUGUAACACGUGGUAAUGUUGGCGAUUAUUUUAUUGGCCCUGGGCUUGAAGAACUACUUGAGCAGCUUUCAACUAAUGACCGACGACGAGGCCCUCCCCCAGCAGCCAGAUCAUUAAUAGAUGCCAUGCCAACUAUCAAGAUAUCUAGUAGGCAUCUUCGUUCUGAUUCACACUGUCCUGUAUGCAAAGAUAAAUUUGAGCUGGGAUCUGAAGCGAGGCAAAUGCCAUGUGACCACUUGUAUCACUCGGACUGCAUUAUACCAUGGUUGAGCCAGCACAACUCUUGCCCUGUUUGCCGCCAAGAACUGCCAGCUCAAGGACUUAAUAACGCCAGGAGCUCAACUAAUCGAAACAGCAGCAGCAGCAGCAACACCAGUGAAAGGGAAAACAUUAGAACAAAUAAUGGAAGGAGACAUCCAUUGUCAUAUCUGUGGCCAUUUCGCUCUAGUUCUAGUUCUAGCUCCAACCGUAACACGAGAGCUAGAACUAGCUCCCCAACUAUGCGUGAAAAUAAUUACUAGAUGGGGUAUACUGGAUGGCCAUUUGACGAAAACUAAUUUUUCAGGAGCAUUAACUGCUCAUCACAAGUGAUCAGAUUUUAGGACCCUGAAGACUACCUGUUUGAUGUUUUAAAUGCGAAUGAAAAUUAUUGGAAUGCUUUUCAUGUAAAGUCUACUUCUCUUUUGAUUGUAUGUACUUCGAAUAAAAUGCUUUCGUUAUAUGUUC